GGGGUGAAGUUUAAUUCACUUGAUAUUGUUUUUGUUUUUCAUUUGUUUGAAUCUUCCCAUUGAUGUUUAGGACUGCAAUUGAUCAGUCUCUUAUUGGCAUAUGUGCAUACUGUGCGUAUUGCCUCGAUAAUGCUUGUAAAUUAAGGCAAUAUCGAGGCAAUACGCACAGUAUGCACAUAUGCCAAUAAGAGACUGAUCAAUUGCAGUCCUAAACAUCAAUGGGAAGAUUCAAGUAAAACAAUAUCAAGUGAAUUAAUCGUAAUCUUAGCUAUUGAAUGACCUAAUUUAACUAUUGUACUAAAGACCUUUUUUAGUUAAAUGUAAUUGUCUCUGUUAUCUUUAUUCACAAAUCUUUGUAUUAUUAUUAUUACUAUUGGUUAAACGUCAUUAUCAAUCUCCUCAAUACAUGAUUCAUUCACUUCGCAUUCAUCCCUCCUUAUUAUAUAUUACUAAUAAUUUUCUACAUAAUAUAGUCUUUCAUUAAGCAUUUGAUCCAAUUGUAAUUGCGCUAUUUUAUCUCACCCUAUCUGAGCCAUAUUUAUUCUGAUCAUGGAUCUUAACGUUUUCACUUAACGUAUAAGCUGAUUCAAGAUAAUAUUCCAUAUGAGUCAUAUCAACACUAAUAAUUUUGUCAGAUGGGUUUUGUGGAUAUUAUAGUGAUUUCAAUGGUUAAGAUCAUGAGUCAGUUGAAGCUAGACCACCAUGGAAAACCUGGAAGCACUGGACGGCCGUUUCGUCCUAUUGUGGGACUCCUCAGCAGUGCGCAUACACGACUCAUGAUCUGAACCAUUGAGAUUACUAUAAUAUCCACAAAAUAACCCCUUCUGAUAUUAAUCAACAUAUGUUCACUAGUGGCUGGCUUCAAGAGGCAUAUCUUGGAGUUCUAAUGAGAAGUAGUGACAAGUGGAGUUCAACCAGGUCUGUUGUGAGAUAGUAACUCAUUGAAGACAAUGGUGGAUGUGUUGCACAAUUUCGUGGAUUAGUUGAAUUUAGACAUUAACACCGCUGAAUGCUGGCUGGCUCAGUGGUCUGUUGGUUAAGUGCUCGCGUGCGAAACCAGUAGGUCCUGGGUUCGAAUCUCGCAGGGGCGAGGUCGUGGAUGCGGUGAUCUAUCAUUAAUCAGUUCAUGAUCUCAAUCAGAAAUUUAUACUUUUGGUUGAACAUUUACUAAUGAUCUAAACAGUUGGACAACUAAAUAACUGCUAUGAUGGAAAGAAAAGUCAAAAUUCUACUGAUUUACUCAUUAUGAGUUAUAUUCAAUAUUACUUACGUUCUGAUUCAAUAUGAUGAUUAUUCAGUGUGGUAUUUGGUUUUGUUUUCUCGUAUGAUAUUUUAUUCUGUAUAAUAUACGACAUUCUUGUGUUCAAUUUACAUGAACUAUGCUCAAUAUGUGAUUUGUUAUAACUGUGAAUAUUUUUUUCAUAUAUAUGAUUUCAUCUUAAUUAUUAAUCAAAAUAGGUGUACAAUCAUUAUAUAAAUGAGUGUAUUUUUGUCUAGGGUCGUUGUCGGCAUCAUGUUUUGGGGUUAAUAAAUCUUCGCUCAUACCAAUCUUUGUGUUCUUAUUUUCGUGUCGUGGGAAUUGCGGAGGUCCCUCGUUCCGAGUAUAAGUGAUAAACGUUUCUGACAUGACAAUCAGAGAAGACCAGAUUAAAAAGUAGCAUUAGAAGAGCCAAGACAAGCAGCAUUCAACUGACAAGUUAUAACACUUACCAAGCUUCAUUAUUUAUCUGGUUAAAGUUAAAGAAUAGAUCUAUUUCUGAAUGAAGAAAAAAAGAAAAACAAAUGAGUAGACAUAUGCCAAUUAUUGACCAUAUAAAUUGUCCUCAUAUAUAGACUAAUAAAUGUUCUAUUUAGUAUUAUGUAAUUCUUUAUCUCGUCGGUUAAUCUCAGUACGUUGUGUUAACUUAUUACACACUACUAAGCCAUGCAGAUUUUAGUCAUAUCCAGACUGUUGUCUUCGGAUCAAACUCAACCAAUGGUGUAAAUAAAAUGAUUUCAAUAGUUGAGAUCAUGAGUCAAUUCAAGUUAGACCAUUAUGGAGGACCUAGAAGCACUGGACGGCCGUUUUGUCCUAUUGUGGGACUCCUCAGCAGUGCACAUCAACGACCUCGCGUCGCGAGAUUCGAACCCAGGACCUAUCAGUCUCGCGCCAGGUGCUUAACCAACCAAUUUUCCUAUAAAGAUUAUUAGAAAGGAUAGAGUUUAAUUUGUAUGUACGAUAAUAGUGUGAAAUGUGAAUAAUAUCGGACGUGGUAGCUUGGAUAGAUAGUCCAAAGUCAGAUGGAUAAUGAGGCUUUCUUUUCUAAUGAGAGCACUAGGAUUAAGGAUUAUAUGGAAAGCUUCAGGUACUCUCCUUUCGUUGUAGCUGCAAAAGCCUUUUUGUAAUAUUUUGAUGUUUUUAAUAUCGAUUUGGUGGUUAUUGAAUAUGGCGUGAACUCCUAUCCUUUCUCAUCACAAAGGUCACAUUUUUUUUUCAUCCCUGACCCUGCACACAUAUACACACAUAAAUUUACAUACAUGUCGCUUAAAAAUAACCUUGACCGAAAUGACAUGACGUUGACUUGCAGACCUGUUUUUUGAUUGAUCGCACGUAAUAUUCUUGUUUUGUUCUUUUGUACUAUUGAAACUUGGAUUAAUUUUGAUUUGGUUAUUUAUUCUCUAAAUAAGUGGCUCAUACUGAGUCAUGAAAGGUCAGAAAAUGUGAUUUUUCUACUCAUAGGAAUAUUAAAAAUAUAUUGUUUUUAUUUAUAACAAUCUACCUCAUGCUCAAUUUAUUUGAAAUGAUCAAGUCAAACCUUGGUAAUGAUAUAUUCAACCAAUGGUAGUCUAACAUUGAUCCACUCAUGAUCUCAAUUAAAACUCAACAAUUCUAUUCUGAUAAUUAUCAUGUGUUGACUACUGACUUCCUGAAUUUAUAUUGAGAGGCCGUGACCAGUGAAGUUUAACCAUGUCCAAUAUGAGACAGUUACUCACUGAAGACAAUGGAGGACGAUCGUGUAAGAUUAUGAAUCGAUUAAAGUUAAACAUUAGCAUCGUUGGUUUAAAGGCCAAAGAGUUCACAUGCGGGAUUGUGGAUAUGAACGGCUGACAAAUCUCAUACUGAGAUGAAACACAUAUCCAAUGGUUUUAUGUUUUCAAUGAUCCACUCAUAAUCUUCAUUAAAAUUCAAUCAUUUUCACAAUCCUAUACUGAAUAAAAUCAAUUCAACCAAUUGAAAUAAAGAUUAUUUCAACCAAUUAAAAUACAAAAUAAUUAAAUAAAUACUAUAAAACUAGAAUCUCAUUAAUGAAAAUAUUUAAAAAAAAUAAAUAAAUAAAAAGGAAAAUUGUAAAGUGAAUAUUGUUACAAAUUCCCUCCACCACCCUCACCAAAUAAUCAAUCAAUGAUUCUUACAAAUGGAUACUGAUAUUUUACAUAUUUUACAUUUUAAUGAUGUAUAUAAUGUUGAAGAACAAAAACAAGAACCAUUAGCUGGUGCAGCUAGAUUUACAACAGCAUUAAAAAAACAUGGAGCUGGUAAACAAAGUAUUGUUUUAUUUUCAGGUGAUUGUUUAAGUCCAUCAUAUAUAAGUAAUAUAACACAAGGUCAACAUAUUCCACCUAUUAUGAAUAAAAUGUUUAUUAAUUGUUCAUUAUUUGGUAAUCAUGAAUUUGAUUUUGGUAUGAAUAAUUUUUAUAAAUGUAUUAAUCAAUGUAAUUUUUCAUGGAUUAAUAGUAAUGUUUAUGAUAAAGAAUUAAAUGAAUUACUUGGUACUAAAUUAUUCUAUAAAAUUAUAAUACAUAAUAAUCUUAAAAUAGGAAUUAUUGGUUUAAUUGAAAAAGAAUGGAUUAAUGUAAUACCAUGUUUUACUACAUCAAUAAUUGAUGUAAAAGAUAUUAUUAUAACUAGUCGAAAAUUGGGUACAUAUUUAAAAAUUAAAAAAAAAUGUCAUUUCAUUAUAGUAUUAACUCAUAUGAGAUGGUUAAAUGAUCGUUUAUUAGCUAUGAAUGUUCCAGAAAUUGAUUUAAUACUUGGUGGUCAUGAUCAUGAUUAUCAAUAUGAAUGGAUUAAAUUAAAUGAUAAUUUAUUAUAUGAUAAAAAUUUAUUAUUAAAUAAAAAUCAAAUAAAUAUUCAACGUUUAAUUAUAAAAAGUGGUAGUGAUUAUAAAACAUUUUCACAUUUAUAUAUAAAAUAUGAUAAAAUCAAUUAUAAAAUAUUGAAUAUUGAUAUUGAACAAGUAUUGAUUGAUAGUCGAUGGGAACCAGAUAAUGAAGUAAAUAAAAAUCAAAUAAAUAUUCAACGUUUAAUUAUAAAAAGUGGUAGUGAUUAUAAAACAUUUUCACAUUUAUAUAUAAAAUAUGAUAAAAUCAAUUAUAAAAUAUUGAAUAUUGAUAUUGAACAAGUAUUGAUUGAUAGUCGAUGGGAACCAGAUAAUGAAGUUCAAGAACUCGUUAUUAAAUCUACUAAAAAAUUAGAAGAGAAACUGGAUAUACCAUUGGGACGAAUUGAAACUGACCUUGAUGUUAGAUCCAAUAUAGUACGUUUAAAAGAAUCAGUUAUUGGCAAUUUCAUUUGUGAUAUAGUAUUAACAGCUGUAGAAGUUGAUUGUGUAUUAUUCAACACUGGUACCUUAAGAGGUGAUCGAAUUUUUAAAGCUGGAUUAUUCACUUUGCGUGAUUUAAGUACUAUACUACCAUAUUUAGAUAAAUUAUCAGUUAUUGAAAUAACUGGUAGUCAAUUAAUAGAAGCAUUGGAAAACUCAGUAUCAGAAUAUCCAAAAUCUGAAGGACGUUUUCCAAUGAUUGGUGGUAUUCGUUUUACAUUUAAUCCAAUCAAACCAAUUGGUAAACGAAUUUUAAUUGAUGAACUCACUAUACAAAAUGAAUCAAUCAAUAUAAAACGUAAUUAUCGUUUAUGUAUAACUGAUUAUUUAUAUAAUGGAAAUGAUGGUUAUCAUAUAUUUCCUAAAUGUAAAUUAUUAUUAGAUGAUGAAAAAUGUCCAAUACUAUUUAUAUUAAUACAAAAUUAUUUUAGAACUAUUCAAGUACUCAAUGGAUUUGAACAAUCACAUACACGUCAUCGUCAAUGUUUAAUACCUUUUAUGGAAAGGAAAAAAUUAAUGCAACAAUCAAUUAAUAAUAAUAAUGAUAAUAAUGAUCAUUGUAAUCGAUAUAAUGCCACAUCUCGAUGGAAUACAGCACGAUGUGCUUUAAUAGAACAACGUGAAAAAUCCAUUGCAAAUUUAAUAGCUCCUAAAAUUGAUGGAAGAAUUACAAUGAUUACGUCAUAA